AUGGAGGACGACACAGAGCCGAGCCAGUCCUUAUACUCUAUGGUAUUGCUCCAGGCCCCGUUCACAGAAGCUCGGCGUACCAUAAUCUCCAAACCUGCACGGCGAGCCUAUAUCAAUACCAUCCUCUUCUGCCUCACCUCCGCCGCCCUUCUCUGCAUUUCCAUUGUCGCAUAUUGGAUCUUCUACUACAACUAUGUGCCGCAGAUCUCUCUGGAGCGACAAGUUCAUCUACAAUUCGGUGAUGGACACCCUUAUGGCACUGCGACGUUGGGCACAGAAUUGAUCGCUGCACAACAAUAUGAUGUCAGCGUCGUUCUGUACCUCCCGCGCAGCCCGCCCAACCUCGCCGCUGGCAAUUUCAUGGUUGAUCUUGCGUUAUUCUCUUCUGCGAAAACAAAUACGAAUACAAACGAGGCAAGUUCUAUUGAAAGUUCGCGGAGGCCUGCAAUUAUGACUUAUACAUCCCCGAUGGUGGAUACAGCCAAGAGGGUGUCAAAAAUGCCACUCUACCUGCUCGGAUGGCAGAGGGAGGCAGAGGGCUUGAAGGUUAACAUGAUGGAUCGGGUGGAGUUUGGAAGAAAAAAAGGGGCUAUGCCAAAGACAUUGAGGCUGGAGAUUGAGAGUGAGGAGAAAAUACAGGUGUAUAGUGCUGUCGUCAAAUUCGACGCGAAGUUUAACGGGCUAAGAUGGAUUAUGUAUAAUUGGAAAAUUUUCUCCAUUCUGACAUUCACGUUGACCUUCUGGGCCGUUUCAAUGCUCUUCACAUCUCUAGUGUGGGUAGCUCUGGCGAGUCUGGCAGAGCCAACAGUAAGAAGGAAUCCAAAAUUAAAAGAUGAGACUGAAGAGGAAGAAAAUAGCAGUGGCAUUUCUGUCAAAGAAGAGGAGGGAAGUGAUGGUGAAGGUGCUUCUUCCAAGCUUACUAUGCCACACGAAAGACGCAUGAGCGAUGAACAAGAGAAGAUUAAACGGGAAGAAAAUACCGAAGAAUAUACGGUGAUUCAGACAUUGGCUGGAAGCGACCAGCCCGAAGCUGAAGCAGGUACGCACCCAGUUGGUACCAGCACGUCAUCGCAAACAACUGCAACGGAUAACUCGGAGCUGGUCGCCCAGAGGCGCAGAGGCAAUCGCUCCAACGGCCAGCUUCACACGCUCGAAUCCGCUGGCCAUGUAGUCUCUGUCGUCCUCCCGCACAGACAGCGGUCAUGGAUCGGUAAAGCCCACCUCGUUGGAGCGACCGUGAAGCCUACAUACUUCCGCCCGGGCACCCUCCACAAAGACGACGGCACCAUCCACCACCUUCCUUUGGGAGCAGAGGGAGAAAACGAUAAUAUGGAGCCGAUAGUAAACGAGUGGAUCCUCAUUGAUUCCACACCCGCCAGCUGCGUCCAGAUCGGACUAUUCCACUACUUCAAGGACCGCGGGCCCAUUGACCUUGUUAUCUCUGGGCCUAACUACGGUAGAAACUCAACUGCCGUCUUUGCGCUCUCGAGCGGCACACUUGGUGGUGCGUUGGAGGCUGCAGUAUGUGGAUACAGGUCAAUUGCUCUCUCGUACGCCUUCAGCUCGCGGGACCAUGAUCCUGUCGUCAUUGCGGAAGCGUCGAGACAUUCUGUACACCUAAUUGGACAUCUGUAUAAGAACUGGGAGGAAGAUGUUGAUUUUUACAGCAUAAAUGUACCCCUCGAAGCCGGGGUCAGCGAAGCUAAAAUCCUCUACACCAAUAUCCUAGAUAAUCGUUGGACCUCUGGGAGCUGUUUCGAAGCCAUAGAUGCUGCGGAAAGUGGGGAGGGCCCAGAUUUGCAGGAGCAGAAGUUACGACAGGCUGGGGAAGUAGAUGCCGGGUUGGGGAAAGGGACGAAACCGGGAACAGGCACAACCACACCAGGACAUCGGCAUAUGCAUUUCAAGUGGGCGCCAAAGUUUUCGGAUGUUUACAAGAGCGUAGAUCUUGGUCCUCCAGGGAAUGAUGGAUGGACAGUUAAGGAGGGGAUGACAAGCGUUACCCGCUUGAAAGCGAAUUUUAUGCACUCAUCAAGACCUUUGGGAGAAAUUCAGAUACCCUUCAAAACACCCAUAUUCUAUGCUCUAGUGGAAUGCCAGGACUCAUAUGUGCAACCCCUUGUAAUCCAAGCCCUACGGACACGCCUGCACGGAAUCCCUUACGAAUUGAUAUUUUCCAUUCGUGAACUUCCCAACCCCUCGUCUCCCCUACUACAAUACCGAGUGUACGAACAAUGCGAUUUUGAGCACGUCUUAUCCCAUCCUACAACUUCAUUGGUAAACGCCUAUGUCAUCCGCAAAGCGCUGAUUAGGAAACACUACUUAUCAAGCUCGGUGUCGAACUGGGUGGCUAAACAUCCCGACAGCAUUUUAAAUGCGCACGUCAAGCCAGCUGUCCAUUUUGAGCUGGAUUAUGCGGAGUUUCUUGACGAGGCGCUGGUCGAGGCAUAUGAGUUAAAGGAGAGCUUCCAGGCUAAUGAGGGAAAGGGAGAGGCUGAAAAGGAGUGGUGGAUUCUAAAACCCGGGAUGAGCGAUAGAGGGCGGGGGAUUCGCUUAUUUAAUAGCGAAUCAGGGCUGCGGGAGAUCUUCGAGGGGUGGGAAGACGACCAACCCGAUUCCGAGGAUGGCGAGGAUAGUGAAAACGGGAAGGUCGUCGCCAACGGCAAUGGAAAAUUAAACUAUGAUGAUAACCGUGACGAUGACUAUGGAAUCAUCACCUCGCAGCUCCGCCAUUUCAUAGCGCAGCCAUAUAUCCACCCGCCUCUCCUGCUUCCAUCGGAGUCGAAUAGGAAAUUCCACAUCCGCACAUAUGUGCUAGCUGUUGGCUCGCUGCAGGUUUAUGUCUACAGGGAAAUGCUCGCACUAUUCGCUGAGGAGCCGUAUCUGUCUCCCUGGGACAGCAGUGGUGCCGGCGUCGACGACCUUACCCGUCACCUGACAAAUACAUGUCUGCAAACCGGUCGCAGCGGUACUGCCAAACAGAACUCCGUUCGGCGCUUUUGGGCACUCGAGGAUACCGCCGUCCCCUCUCUUUCCUCCUCCUCUCCGCCAACUUCAGGAGAACCCAACUCUAGCAUCAACUGGAAAGAAAGCGUAUACCAGAAGAUCUGCGCUGUUACAGGUGAAGUCUUCGAAGCAGCGGCACGGGGUAUGCUGGUGCAUUUCCAGACGUUGCCGAAUGCGUUUGAGGUGUUCGGCGUUGAUUUCCUGGUCGACAGUCGUGGCAAGGUAUGGCUGUUGGAGCUAAAUGCGUUCCCGGACUUCCGGCAGACGGGUGACGAGCUAAAGGGGGAUGUCGUCGGUAAGCUGUUUGAGGCGGUGGUGGAGGUUGCUGUAAAGCCAUUUUUUGGUAUUGAGAAAGAUAUUGAGCGGGCUAAAGCACGGGCUGCACAGUUGGGGUUGCAGCUGGUUAGAGAUUUGGAUAUGGGGAUGAAGAGGUGA